UUGCGACGGCGGCCGCGCUUGACGGCUGUUGGUAUCCCCCCUCCCGCCGCCCUCAGCGGUGGUCAGGGCGGCUCGCUUUACGGCCCGGCGGCGAUGGCGGAGGGAGAGCGGGCGGAGAGUGGCGGCGGCGCCGGCAGCGGAGGGGGCUCCGGGCGGCCGCCUCAGGAGGGCGAGCCGGGAGCCAUGGAGCAGGCCGAGUCCCUCAAGACCCAAGCGAACGAUUACUUCAAAGCAAAGGACUAUGAGAACGCCGUGAAGUAUUACACCCAGGCCAUUGAACUGAAUCCCACCAAUGCCAUUUAUUAUGGCAACCGGAGCUUGGCAUACCUGCGGACAGAGUGCUACGGCUACGCUCUUGCUGAUGCCACCAAGGCCAUUGAGUUGGACAAGAAAUACAUCAAAGGCUAUUAUAGGAGGGCCACCAGCAACAUGGCCUUGGGCAAAUUCAAGGCGGCAUUGCGGGACUAUGAGACGGUUGUUAAGGUGAAGCCGAAUGACAAGGAUGCCAAGAUGAAGUACCAAGAAUGUAACAAGAUUGUGAAGCAGAAGGCUUUCGAGCGCGCCAUUGCCAGCGACGAGCACAAGCGGUCUGUGGUUGACUCCCUGGACAUUGAGAGCAUGACCAUUGAGGAUGAAUACAGUGGCCCAAAGCUGGACAAUGGGAAGGUGACUCUUGAAUUCAUGAAGGAGUUAAUGCAGUGGUACAAAGAUCAAAAGAAGCUUCACAGGAAGUGUGCCUACCAGAUCUUGGUGCAAGUAAAAGAGGUGCUAUCGAAACUCCCCACCCUAGUAGAAACUACGUUAAAAGAAACAGAGAGAAUCACAGUCUGUGGAGAUACCCAUGGGCAGUAUUACGACCUCCUGAAUAUAUUUGAGUUGAAUGGGCUGCCGUCAGAAACAAAUCCAUAUAUAUUCAAUGGGGAUUUUGUGGACCGUGGCUCCUUCUCUGUGGAGGUGAUAUUAACAUUGUUUGGUUUUAAGUUGCUAUAUCCAGAUCAUUUCCACCUACUUCGAGGGAACCACGAAACAGACAAUAUGAAUCAAAUUUAUGGGUUUGAAGGCGAGGUCAAAGCCAAAUACACAGCCCAGAUGUUUGAACUGUUCAGUGAAGUUUUUGAAUGGCUACCUCUGGCGCACUGCAUUAAUGGCAAAAUCUUGAUAAUGCAUGGUGGGCUUUUCAGUGAAGAUGGAGUAACAUUAGAUGAUAUCAGGAAGAUCGAGAGGAAUCGGCAACCUCCAGAUUCAGGUCCCAUGUGUGACUUACUCUGGUCAGACCCUCAACCUCAGAAUGGCCGGUCAAUCAGCAAACGCGGUGUGAGCUGUCAGUUCGGGCCUGACGUCACCAAAAGCUUCCUGGAACGCAACCAUUUAGACUACAUCAUCCGCAGCCACGAAGUCAAGCCCGAGGGAUAUGAGGUGGCACAUGAUGGCAAGUGUGUCACUGUUUUCUCAGCCCCCAACUACUGUGACCAGAUGGGCAAUAAAGGUUCCUACAUCCACUUGAAAGGCUCAGACUUGCGACCAGAAUUUCACCAGUUCACAGCAGUGCCUCAUCCGAACGUCAAGCCAAUGAUGUAUGCCAAUUCACUGCUGCAGCUGGGGAUGAUGUAAGCCGCCUGUCACCUCUGCUGGCUCUCACCCCUGCCUCCCCUCUUCCCCCCUGUCUGGAGACCAUGCGCUAGGCAAACAACAAUGGUUUUCUUUCUUUUUUCCUUUUUUUAAAAAUUUCUUCGAACAUCAGCCUUCACUUCAAAGCAGGGGUUAUUGAAGGGAGCAGGAGAAUGGAGAGAAAGUAGGUGAUAAGCCCUGAACUGGGAUGGGAUCGCAUAUGUAACACUACCCGUAAACCCCCCAGGACAGGUACCAAUCCAGGGUUCAGCCCCUCUUUUCUUUUUUAUGCACUAGCGACGGUGCGUGUGCACACAGGAGAAGUUGGCAGCCAGAGUGUAACAAACAUUUUUUUAAUAUAUAUUGGAAGAUUGUAUUUAUUCCUACGGUCUGGUUUUCUUUUCCCACUGCUCUUCUACUCCUCCUUCUUUACCAACUUGAUUAGACUCUUCCUUUCCAUACUUAUAUCCAUCAGAGAGUGCAGGGGAUGCAGGGUGAGAUAGAGAGGGAGAAGCUCUCCUUUGGCCAGUGGGGAUCUUCUCCCCCUUGCACGGCAGAGCAAGGCAGUUUUUGGGCUGCAAGCCUCCUACCCACAUUUCUUCUCCAAUGUGCUGCAUUUUGUUCCAUUGCAGCAAAGCAAAUGGUUUGGUUGAUGGCACAUUCUACAGCUGAGAUCCUACAUAUGCACAUAGUUUCACAUGCUCAGUUCUGUGUCCUCCCACAGCCCGGCAGCUGUCAAACUUCAGGAGCAGACCCUUCUGCUAUCACUUAUUGGCGGGAUGAGGACGGGAACAAGGAAGCAAAUCAGACUAUAGAGAAUCAGCUGGUCUCAACUUGGUUAUGAGGAAAGAGAAAUGAGGGUGUAAUCUCAAGUGGAGUGCACCUGCCUUUUCCUUCCCCAGGAGAUCAGAGCAGCCAGAUCUUUAUGAGCUGAAUUCACACACACACACACACACACACCCCAAUUUCCAUGUGAGGAGAAGUAGUAGCAGCAGCUUCCCCCACUCCCAGAGCUUGACAGCUACCAGACAUGGGAGGACCUUGGACAGAGUACAAGAGCAAGAGAAUAGGUCUCUAUGCCCCUUCCAAAAAGAGAUUUACAUACAUGUAAUCUCCCCUUACACAUGUGCAAAUCAGCAACAGGAUGCCAGUCCCACGAGGGGAAACAAAUAUUGGAUUAAGGCAGUGGUGUAUUUCCAGAAAUUGUUGCCUUCUCAUGGCAUAAUUUCUGGGAGGGAAGGAAAGGUCUUUCAGUCAUUGGCCAGCUAUUUCUCUCUCUCUCCCUCCCUUCCUUGUUGUUUCCUGCUUCCAUCAAGUAUGCUUAUAACUCUCCUAUGAUACACUCCUACCUACCAGUUUUCAUAUUUUGAUAAAUGAAAGCUGCAUUUGCAGCUGGGCACUUCCAUGUGAACGAAGUGACGAAUCCAAUACUGGUGUCAAUACUAAUUAGGCCUGGCUCUUUUAAAGCCAGCCAAAAUCUGGAAUUGUUUCAGCAUCCCACUGACAUAGGAGACACCACUGGAAAACUACUACUAUAAGUUUUGAGGCUGAGGGAGCAGGUCUUGUGUCAACCUGUAUGAGUGGGUUACUCCUUCCAUCUCAAAGCCAGCAGUGGUGGGCAACCUGGGUGCUGCUAGUGACUUGUGCAGGGGCACAACUUGGCCUGGAGAUUGCAUGUCCCUGGCUGCUUUUCUCAGUUCUCUGGGCUUCAAUUCACCAGAAGGAGGUAAACAUGAGCAAAUGUUGGCUGGAGGAAGUUACCUCUCUGGUGGCAGUUUUUCAGGAUUGCAAGGAGGUUUCCAAUAAGUGGAAGAAGAGGAGUCUAGGACUGGCCCUUAUGGCUUGGUGGACCCCAGUGCUCCAGCCUCACCUGUCUCCUAGUUUAAGACAGUGUAAGUGAUGUGAGAGGUGGACAUUCAUCUGUGUAGUGUGACUUUUCUCUCUUAGGCCAGGAUGUGUUCCAGUCAGGUGUCUUGGGAAGGUCUGGAUCUGUUGGUGUUCUAAGGGACCUUCCAGUUUAGACAUCUCAUUGGGCUUGGGAGACUGAGAGAGAUUGUGACCAAGACCAGAGCCACUAUAUCUUAGCCUAACAGUGGAUAUGAGGUUAGGGCCUGUCUUAUCUGACUUCAGAAUUUGUGGUGGCUAAUCAUCCAUCCUUCUUCCCCUCCCCAACCUCUUAUGUUUUUCUUUUUCACCCAAAAUAAGGCACAAAAGUCUAGGGUGGGAGAUCUGGCCACUAGGGUCCAUUCCUGCUAUGGAAACGGUUAAAGGAAACAGGGUGGUGAUGUCUAUAGGUUUUUCUUCCUUCUCGCCUCACCCCAAGCCCUAUUGCCCCCACACCUUGGUGGACCUCCCAUUCUUGUUCUGGGAAGGAAGUGUCAUUUUGGCUUUCCCAAACCCAAACGAAGCUGCUUUUUUUUCUUUUGUGGCCGAAAAAGAAAGAGAAACCAGCGAAUAAUUCCAGAAGCACUUUGGAUGUUGUUUUUCCAUGAUGACCAUGGAGGGUUUUUAUACAUCCAGGAUUCCUUUUCCACUUGCCCUCCUAUCUACUGAGCUAUUUUACUGUCUGUAAUUAAACAAAAGAUGUUAAAAUAAAGUAACUAUUGAAAGAUC